CUCCACGCCUACGGCAAAGUCUUAGCAACGCACUCCAUGGAAGACCUCCUUAACAUUUACACCUCAGACGGCGUCAUUAUGGCUCCAGGGUUCAAACCAGCCGUAGGCUUCGAAGCGCUCAAGUCAUCGUACGAGCGCAUUUUCUCUACCAUCAAGCUUGAGAUUGACUUCACCAUCGACGAGAUCGUUGUGAUGAAUGACGAGUGGGCGUUUGCGAGGACGACAGCUGAGGGUACCAAGCACUGGCUGAAGAAAGGCACGCAGGAGUUUCAUCAUAACCAGGAGAUCUUCAUUUGUCGGAAGGAGGGUGGGAAGUGGAAGAUUGCGAGGUAUAUAUUUUCGAGCAUGAAGCCUUUGCAAUGAGAAGAAGCAGGGGAGCCCGGACAUAUCUACAAGCGUUUAAGGGUAUGGAAGAUGACAUCACCACAAUGGAAUUGGUUUGGAUUACACGCGAGUCGUGUUUAUCGAAGCUUGACACUGGCUGGCCAGACCCAAUGUUAAAUUGGCGUGGAUGAUAAGAUGGUGGGCUCUACGCAGUUGUCUGCGGGUCACGCGCUCCCCGAGAAAUAUGGCUCCCCUCAACAGCCCACCGACGACUCCACGGGUCAGGACUUGGCGAACUAACAUCGAGAAUUAGUAGGGUCCCUCAGGAAACCACCGGCUCUGGCUGAGCUCGCCGAGCAUUGAUACUUGCAAGCAGAUCAAGAUGUGGAAAAAGAACCAGAAGACAAGGUAUGGAGAUGGGGAUUUGCGAUCAGAGAUGAUGAGGUGGCAUCCCUGGCUCUGUGAGUCAAAACAAAGUCGCGGUUC